CGUUAGAUUUUCAUUAGACUUAAAUUGAAUGUGAGAGAGAAAUUUAUUCGCGUAGAAAUGAGCAACGAUUUGGGCGAUUUCUUCGAGAAGCUCGACCUGACCAAGUGGUACACUGGCAUCUCCGACUAUCAGCUAAAGGCCGUUGCUGGCAUAUCCUCCGGACUGCUGGAUGACUUUGAGCAGGGCACCAGCUUCCGGGUGGAGGAGUGCCUGAAAAUGCUCGGCAUACAUCCGCUGAUUGGCAAGCGGAAGAUCCACACCAUGGUGCAGCUCAGUCGGGGCAACGAUCUGGCCUUUCUCUUCUUCAUCCUCGAGGGAUACUACAAGACAUGCCAAAAGAAUGGAGUAUACAGCAUCAACGAGAAGCUGCUCAUGAUCGCCAUAGCCAAGAUUGAUCUGCUGCCGACGCUGAAGGAGUUGGAUCGGAUCCUGCCACCGCCGCAGCUGAGUCGCUGGAAUGUGCCGCAUGUGCAGCACAAUCAUCCAAUCAGCAGCUGCGCCAUUGCACCAGCCACCUCCCAGCCGCACGCCACCAAGAAAUCAACCAGAAACCCGUACAAGCAGCGUAUGCGACGGCCUGUGGUCAAGCCCACGAACUUCCUCUGCAAGGGAGAAGCCAAUUUUGUGGUUAAUUUCCCCUUUUGGGCUAAGGAUUGUGCGCCCAACUAUGGAAAAUCCCGCGAUCCACCGUGGUUUUCCCUCUAUAAACUGGAUCCGGUGAAGCGGAUUGUGAAGCGCACCCUGGAUGAGACCAUCGACAAGUACUUUGAGCUGAAGGGAGAGUCGAAGUUGGCCUACGAGUCGGCCAAGCGGCAGAAGAUGUUCGACGAUGAGCCGAACCUGUGCAUGCACCAUCAGGCGAUGCUCGCCCAGGCACAGCAGCUGAAGGAUGAGCUCACGGUGAAGGCGCGUGACCGUUGCCUGGAGAUGCUGGACCCCAGCCAGCCGCACAGCAGGAUGCGGCGGAAGCGCAUCAUCGAUCAGCUGGAGUACGACAUCGAAGCUUCGCUGGAGCGGCUGCGCCAGGCCAUGCACACGGAUCAGGUGAAGGUGCUGGCCCUCAGGGAUCACAGCUGUGUGGUCUGCCAGGAGGCGCUGGUGAAGAUAAGCUGGCCCGAGCCUGGCCAGCAGAUGGGCAGGGCACUGGUGGGCGAGCACUGCGGCCUGGCGCACACCGUCACCACCACGGAGGGAUUCACGGGCAGAAGGUUGAGCGGCGGCGGACUCAUUAGCGAGCCCGAAGAGCUGAAAGAGACACCUUCCAGGCUGUUGGGCGGUGGCCUGCACAUGGACAAAAUCGACUUCAACAUGGAACCGGAGCAAAGGUCGCCGAUCGAGUUGGACGAGUGCGAGGGUCACACGGAGACGCGCAAGUCUCGCAUCACGUUUCUCUUGGAUGGGAACAAGGUCAAGGCCCAGGCCAAGCCCGUGAAUUCGGAUGGCUGCGAUUACCACAGUGCCGUCAAGCACACCAGGAAAAGCUUCUUCCGGGCACCUGAUGCCCACAGACCGUACUAUUUCCGGUACCAUCGAGUGCUGCAGUCGGGCCAGCCAAAGCCCUACGACCUGGCCAAAAUCGUGACAAAGUCGAUAGUGAAGGCGCUCGAAAAGUCGCAGAACGAUGAAAUAAUUGGCGACUCGUGCCCAUUGCUAGAGCCACACAAAGAGCUGCUGCCAGAGCAGGCUCCCUUUGAUUGUUCAUCCGACACCACAGAAUCCUUUGACGAGUCGAGCAAUCACAGCAGUCGCAGUCACGUGGAUCACAAGGCGGACAUCGUGAAUGCUGUGGUGCGCUGCGCCAAAGCCGUUUGGACCAAGAAGGCGGCCAUCAAGCGGGCCGAAAUGGUUCGCAACGAACGUCCGCCAUCCGAGCACUCGCUCAGACCCGAGGUGCUGCACUACGACAUGGAAUACUUUGAUCCGGAUGAUAAUGAGCUCAUGGAUCGCCUGCUGGCCGAUGGCAUGAAGGAGCUGCGCAAGAGCCAUCGCUUUGUGUUGGCCACCCUGCCGGAUGCCCACAAGAUACCCGUGCUGCGGCAGUGGAUCAAACGUCGCUACGGCAAGGCCUACUCGCAGCGGGAGCUGCAAGACAACCUCAAGGAGUCGCUGAAGGUCUUCGAGACGGUGACAAAGCUGCAGAACGAUCCACCCAAUCCGGACAGGAUGGGGCUGAUGCACACUCCCGAAUCGCAGCAGAAUUAUGCAUACCACAAACCGGCCAUGGCAGAGGCGGAACGUGUGAAGACCGCUUACUACACGCGACUGAAUAAUGCGCACUUGGAUCAGAUGACCGCCUGCUGGUAUGCCAUGGGGAACUAUCUCAAUCCGGGCGGACCGCCGCGGAAGACCUUCUACGCGUACAUGGCCUCCAAUCACCAGGAUAUAGAGCGGGCCAAAGUGUGGAAUGGAGAGUACAAGGACCGCAGACAUUUGGCAAAAACAAACAAAUAAAUCUUUAUUUUCGCCGGAA